AUGGGUGUAUCCACUUAUCAAUUGCCUAUGCUCCGUGAUGAUUGGUCUAAGAUGGCGAAUGUUGGUGGCAAGUUGGUGAUUUUGGGGAACAAUUAUUGGUCUAUACUUGAAAUUCGUUGUGUCGAGAUUGCGUUGGAAACACGUAAUGGAGAUCAGAUUUGGGGGAAGGUGGAAUCAGUCUCGCCUGUGUUUACAGGAGGCGUGUGGACUUUGCCUUCUAUUGAGUUUUGUCGAACUGUUACGAUAGCUUCAAUCUCUGAAACAUUCGAAGACAGUUCUAACGGCGGCGAUUCAAACAAGAAACCGGAAGAACUCCACAAGAACCCACAAGAAGAAGAGAAUCAAAACGAGAAACCUCAAGAGGAAGAACAAGUUGAGAAUCUUGUACCGGUUACUCGAUACAUCCCAGAAGAUAUCGCCGAAAGCAUCCUCUUACUCGUCGAGAGAUGUAAUUUCCCUAAGGUAUCUCUCUACAGAGCCUUUCGUAGCGUCAUCUCUUCGCCGAGACUCUACCAAAGGCGCUCGCAACUCGGCCUCACCGAACCGGUUCUUUACGCUUCGAUCCGAUUCCCUCCUUAUAUCAUACCGAGCUGGUUCAUUCUCAACCGUAACGUUCCAAGAAACAUCUCUUUACGAUUGACCGAAGUCAGAUCACUUCCUCCUAUGAAUCUUGGAUCUGCUGUGGUCACAAUCGGAUACCACAUGUAUGUGAUCGGUGGAGACAACGGACUAUAUCGAUCCACAUCGGAUGUGUUUCUCAUCGAUUGCAGAUUCCACACAAGUCGCUCGCUCCCGAGAAUGCAGAGGACUCGCUACUGUGCAGCUGCCGGAGUCAUUGACGGAAAGAUUUACGUGAUCGGAGGUUGCGAGCAGAGAGAUGAUAAUUGGAUCGAGGUGUUCGAUGUAGAGACUCAGACUUGGAGUAGUGUGCCAGCGUUUGGUCCACCCCCGCUCUGUACUUGGAGUGGAAAUUUCUUGGCAUAUGUGGUGAUGCAAGAGAGGAUAUACAUUAAGAGCCAUGUGAGUUCUUUCGCUUAUGAACAAAGACAAGGUACAAUGCAGAAGCUAUUGGGAUUUGAAAGUGAUCAGUUGUGGUAUCAUUGCGACAAGGGGUUUUGUGUGGUUGAGGAUUUGCUCUAUAGCGUGCAUCCCCACUGUGCUUUUGAACAUCCGAUACUGGUAUGUGAUCCCAAUGAUAUGGUUUGGAGAUCUGUGGUGGGUGAAUUCUUUUUGCCCAACCUCAAUCUAAAGGAGUGUAAACUGGCGAAUUGUGGUGGGAAGUUGAUGCUUUUAGGCCCUACUAACAGCCUACAUGGUCUUAAAGAUGUUUGGUGCAUAGAGAUCGCCUUAAAAAGACUUGAAGGAGGUGAGAUUCGAGGGACGGUCGUAUCAAGAUCGCGUGUGCUUAAAUCCGUCAACUCACCUUUCAUUGAUCUUUGUCGCUCUGUUACGUUUUGA